CCCUCGGUCCCGGCGCGGCAGGAGCUGGCCGAGUGGAGCGCAGCGCGGAAGCCCGAGCCGCGGCCACCCCCUCUGCAGGUGCCGGUGACGAGGCGCCCGGGCCGCAGCCGCGCACUAGCUGCCCGCGCUCCUGAGGGGCGGCCCGGCCGGAGGAGGCCGCCGCGGCCCCGGCGCUCAGCAUGAACCGCAGCCACCGGCACGGGGCGAGCAGCGGCUGCCUGGGCACCAUGGAGGUGAAGAGCAAGUUCGGAGCGGAGUUUCGUCGGUUUUCACUGGAAAGAUCAAAACCUGGAAAAUUCGCGGAGUUUUAUGGGUUGCUUCAGCAUGUUCACAAGAUACCCAACAUUGAUGUUUUAGUGGGCUAUGCAGACAUCCACGGAGACCUGCUGCCCAUUAAUAACGAUGAUAAUUAUCACAAAGCGGUCUCCACAGCCAACCCACUGCUUCGGAUCUUUAUACAAAAGAAGGAAGAAGCAGACUACAGUGCCUUUGGUACAGACACGCUAAUAAAGAAGAAGAAUGUUUUAACCAAUGUAUUGCGUCCUGACAACCAUAGAAAAAAGCCACACAUCGUUAUCAGUAUGCAAGACUUCAGGCCUGUGUCUUCCAUCAUAGACGUGGAUAUUCUCCCAGAAACACAUCGUAGAGUUCGCCUUUACAAAUAUGGCACAGAGAAACCCCUAGGGUUCUACAUCCGGGAUGGCUCCAGUGUCAGGGUCACACCACACGGCUUAGAGAAGGUUCCCGGCAUCUUUAUAUCCAGGCUGGUUCCCGGAGGCCUGGCUCAAAGCACAGGACUAUUGGCGGUUAAUGAUGAGGUUUUGGAAGUCAAUGGCAUAGAAGUUUCAGGGAAGAGUCUGGACCAAGUAACAGAUAUGAUGAUUGCAAACAGCCGCAACCUCAUUGUCACCGUGAGGCCAGCCAACCAGAGGAACAACAUUGUCAGGACCAGUCGGACUUCCGGCAGCUCCGGCCAGUCCACGGAUAACAGUCUUCUUGGCUGUCCGCAGCAAAUGGAACCAAGCAUUGAGCCGGAAGACGAGGACAGUGAUGAAGAAGACGUUAUCAUUGAAGACAAUGGAGUGCCACAGCAGAUUCCAAAAGCCACGUCUGAUGCAGAGAGCCUGGAGUCUCUGACACAGAUAGAGCUGCGCUUUGAGUCUGCACAGAAUGGUUUUGCUCCCGCUCAUGAAGUGAGCUCAGCAUCCGUAGCAAGUGGCACAGACACAGAGUCUGAAACACGUGCUCCCUCCCAGAAACUCUUAGAAGAAGAUGGGACCAUCAUAACGCUGUGAA